CCCUCCCUCUCUCCCUCUCUCCCUCUCUGUGUGAGAGAGGCAGGUGGAGGCUGCGCUGGCUCACCUGCGGAAUCUUACACUCGGCCGUUGAACGUCCUAACGGUCGCCCGACCGCGCCGCCAGGGGCCGCUCGGGCCCAGGCCAGCCGUUGUGCCGCGAGUUGGCGCGUGCCUGCUGUCUGGCGUCCACUGCGUCACGCCCGCGAACUGCCCCGGGCGCUAGUGUGGUAGCGCCCAUCCGCACGCACGUCGUGGAUCUUCCGCGCUCGGGCCGUGGGCCCUGCUGAGGGCUUUGCACAGAGCUUGGCACAUUGCAGGUGCUCAGGCAGCAUUGAUGGCAUUGAAUGGAACAAAAGAGAUACCUACAAAGACUGAAAAUGGUGUUUGGUCUGUGCUGCCAGAGAGAGAGGUAAAGUUUAGGCUAUACAAGUUGCUGUAUGUAGUACACAUCUUCAUUCUUGCAGGAGUGGUAUACUACUAUUUUCAGGGGUGUGUGGGGAAAACAGCUCCUGACCAUGAGAUUGCUGGGGAAUCAUCACAGCCCUUAGGGGAGACCUUAAGGCCAGUGUGGGGACUGAUGGAUAAAUGCUACCCUGUGACCGCUCAGAGACGCAGAGUCAAGAGUGGGGAGAAGCAAGACUCUGAGGCCAUGACCCCGAAGGCAACAGGAGGACCGAAUGAUGCUGCCCCCAAGGAGGAGGCUGAUAUCUUGUCUUCGGACGAGGGGGAGAUGAGGUCACCAGGAGAGGAAGCAGGCAGCCCCAUUCCUUCCCCCAUUCCUGCUGGGAAGGAGGUACCUGAGGAGGAGGAGGCGGCAGGGACCCCAGGCUGGGAGGAAAAUAAAAAGGUCCAAAAGGAGAUUGCUGCAUAUACUUCUGAGGCUUCUGAGGUGGACCUAAUGGAGGAGAGGCCUGGGGGCUGGGUCCCCCAGCUCCUGAGGAAGCUCUGGCUGGCCUGGUCCCCAGCCUCUGACAUCCCCAAGACUCAGAGCCACGAAUGACAAAAUAUCCAAUAAAUCCAGAGUUGCUGCUUCUGCA